AUGUCGCCUCGCAGUUGGUACUUGGUUUUUGGGAUUUUCCUGCAUAUGAUUUGGAGUGGAGCAGCCAAGGUGGAGUUUUACUCGUCGGUGGACAGUAUGCAGGAUUUGGCACAAGUGGAGCAGGAGCUCCUAAAUGCCACGCGUUCGUAUUUGGAGACCCAGCAACAGCAGCUCAACUUUUAUCGCAGAUAUGUGGAUCAAAUAAAACGGGAACAUGAAUGGGCUGUGGCCCAAUUAAAACUGGAUGAGUAUCUGGGUCAUCCAUUGCACGCUUUCAGGUUGAUCAAGCGAUUGGUUCAGGAUUGGGAUGCACUUAUCUUUGAACCCAUACUCACCAACCAACCCAGAGAAGACUUUCGCCAGUUUUCAGAGAUACUGACAAGGGAUUUGGGCUACCCCGAUCAGUCGGAGCUUCAAGGAGCCAUCAAAGGUUUGGCCAGGCUACAGAGGGUCUAUAAUCUUUCCACCUCGGAUCUGGCUGGCGGCGUAAUUAAUGGCUUUUCUUACGACUCGGAGUUACAAUGGCGUGAGUGCUAUGAAAUAGGUGCACAACUAUUCGAUCUUGGGGAAUACCAAAGAUCACUGGAAUGGCUCCAGGUGGCACAUGUACUUCUCCGAAAUCUAGAAGACGAGAAAGACAAGAUUCACUACCUAUCAGAUAUACGUGAAUAUGCAGCCAUGGCCAACUUUGAGUUGGGUAAUCCAAAAAGAGCUGAAAACCUUUUAAAUCAAAUCCUAAAGCCCGAACCCACACACACCGCUCAGCAAACUCGCAAGUAUUUGGAAAACCAUGAGCCGGGAAAGAACAUCCAAGAGAAGAAUCCCUCGUGGUAUGCCAAUUACACCAGGCUAUGCCAGGGCAAAAGAUUACCAGAGGAGAGGAGUGGUAGCCCCUUGAAAUGCUAUCUGGAUGGAAAGAGACAUGCGUAUUAUACCUUGGCACCUCUUCAAGUGGAACCCGUACACCUGGAUCCGGAUAUCAGUGUCUAUCACGGAAUGCUGAACGCCCAACAGAUCUUGUCCAUCUUCGAGGAGGCGGACAAGGAGGAGAUGGUGCGAUCAGCCGUAGCUGGCGAAGGUGGCAAACGCACCGUCAGAGAUCUCCGGGUUAGUCAGCAAACCUGGCUGGACUACAAUACUCCCAUAAUGGAGUCUGUGAGCCGGAUCAUUCAGUUUGUGUCUGGAUUCGAUAUGGCCGGAGCCGAGCACAUGCAGGUGGCAAACUACGGAGUUGGUGGGCAGUACGAACCGCAUCCGGAUUACUUUGAGGUCAAUUUGCCAACUCAAUUCAAGGGGGAUCGGAUAUCCACCAGCAUGUUUUAUCUCUCUGAUGUGGAACAAGGUGGUUAUACUGUCUUUACCAAACUUAAUGUUUUUCUGCCUCCUGUUAAAGGAGCCCUAGUCAUGUGGCACAACCUUCAUAGAUCCUUGGAUGUGGAUGUGCGCACCUUACAUGCUGGCUGUCCAGUUAUUGUGGGUUCCAAGAGAAUUGGCAACAUUUGGAUGCACUCGGGCUACCAGGAGUUCCGGCGGCCCUGCAACCUCACCUCAGAUAGCUACAAGUCCGCAGCCUAUCGGAAAUCAGUGUAG